AUGCGAGUCCUAACCUCCGCUCUUACUCUCCUCCCACUCUGCAUUCCGGUAGUUCUGGGGGGCCACCUCCCAGGCCCGGCCUACCCAGCACCUCAAGAUAUCAGCAGUGAUUCCAGCCGGGUGGCUGCCAGCUGGAACAAUGUUACCGCAACUUUAGAUCAAACUCUCAAGGGUGGCGGUCUGGGUAAACUAGCCUCUGCCAUGCUGAAAAACACCACAUUCUCAAUGGGCAUGUUCUCGCUACACGACCAGGACGCUAGUUCCUUGCAGUACCACCACACAGCUCCGUCUACUCUUAAUGGUACAUAUGGAACCAAAAGUGUCGAUGCCGACUCCAUCUAUCGUGUGGCCAGUAUCUCAAAGCUUAUCACCACCUAUGCAGGCAUGGUGGAGCUCCAUGAGAAUGAUUGGAACACUCCGUUAACCAAGAUCUAUCCCACUUUCAAGAAUUUCGUCGAAAAGGCUGCGAUGGACUUCGAUGCCACACGAGACAUCGAAUGGGACAAGAUUACUGUCGGUGACAUUGCGGCACAAAUCGGCGGCAUUCCUCGACUAGGCAUCCCCGUCAGUACGGACCUUCUGCUACUCUCUGUCACCAAUCCAGCUGUCCUGGACGCAUGGGGCCUACCGCCUGUCAACCGGUCUGAGAUCAUGGCUCAAUAUCCUUGUCUUCAAAAUUUCGACUCGGGGAAGAUGGAGUGCGAUAUUGAUGAUUAUGUCAAGGGAAUUGCUUCGAACCUUCCCAGAUAUCAACCUGCAGCCAGUCCUCUUUACUCCGACAGCGGCUUCUUCCUUCUCGGUGGUGCACUGGCCAAUCUUACCGGUAUGUCAUUGGAUGACCUCUACAAAAAGGCACUAUUCGAACCCCUCGGCUUGAAUAACACCUUGUCCAAGCCUCCAUCUGAGCCUAAGGACAUCAAGCGCACUGUUAUUGCCGGCACCGCGGAAGUAGCGCUUCAAGAAAUCCCAAUCACCACACCCUCUGGCGGUAUCUACUCGACCAUCAACGACCUCUCAAAGAUCGGAAUUAGCAUCCUGAACUCGACUCUUAUGUCAAUCGAUAGAACAAACCGAUGGCUAAAGCCGGUGACUUUCACUGGAGAUCUACACUAUGCCUUGGGUCGACCAUGGGAGAUCUAUCGGUACGAGCACAAGGAUUCAGGUGUUAUUACCGAUAUCUAUACCAAGCUCGGCGACUCUGGAAGUUACUCGGGCUUGCUCGUUCUAGUGCCGGACUUUGAGAUCGGUUUCAGCAUUCUCGGUGCAAGCAACGGAACCGUUCAAGCGCAGGCAGUUCAACUCAUCGCUGAUACCCUUACGAAUUCCCUUAUGCCAGCUCUGGUGAACCAGGGCCGCCAAGAAACCCUCUCCAACCUGGCAGGAACCUACAAGUCGAAAGAUAAGAAGCUGAACACGACCUUAACCGUCGCUGUCCCUUCAUCAUCCAAAUCGGCCCCUGGUCUUGUCAUCACCGAGUGGGUGAGCAACAGCACAGAUCUUAAGAGUCUAUUAGCCGAGACCCUGAUCAAUCAGGUCCCUCGACUGCCUCCCGUGAAAGCAAACCCUAACCUAGUGAGACUUGUGCCUACAAUCCAGGAUAUUUCAGGCUCGGGUCAAAUCGCUUUUCAGAUGGAGACGGUUGAUCCCACCGGUUCAAUUCCUGGUCAUCUAUUUACCAAGAUGUAUUCUGCUGGGGACUGGGCGAGCACCAUUGAUCAGCUUAACUAUCACGAUAUCCCGAUCAACGAAUUUGUUUUCAACGUCGACAAAAAGAUCGGAAAAGCCCAUUCGGUGACAGCCAGCGCUUACAAUGUUGAACUGGAGCGUCAAUGA